CCCGCGCGCGCGGCCGCCAGCCCUCCCGGAUCUCGAGAUAGCCGCAGCUCUCGCGAUCUUUCUGGAGCCGCCCCUCCACACGGAGUCCGAACGCGUGUGCUGAGACCCGAGGGUCGGGAGGGCGGAGACUGGGAGGGAGGGAGAAGCCCCUUUGGCCUGCCUUACGGAAGCCUGCGAGGGAGGGUGGUGUCCACUGCCCAGUUCCGUGUCCCGAUGCCCAGCGCCAGCGCCAGCCGCAAGAGUCAGGAGAAGCCGCGGGAGAUCAUGGACGCGGCGGAAGAUUAUGCUAAAGAGAGAUAUGGAAUAUCUUCAAUGAUACAAUCACAAGAAAAACCAGAUCGAGUUUUGGUUCGGGUUAGAGACUUGACAACACAAAAAGCUGAUGAAGUUGUUUGGGUGCGUGCAAGAGUUCAUACAAGCAGAGCUAAAGGGAAACAGUGCUUCUUAGUCCUACGUCAGCAGCAGUUUAAUGUCCAGGCCCUUGUGGCGGUGGGAGACCAUGCAAGCAAGCAGAUGGUUAAAUUUGCUGCCAACAUCAACAAAGAGAGCAUUGUGGAUGUAGAAGGUGUUGUGAGAAAAGUGAAUCAGAAAAUUGGAAGCUGUACACAGCAAGAUGUUGAGUUACAUGUUCAGAAGAUUUAUGUGAUCAGUUUGGCUGAACCCCGUCUGCCCCUGCAGCUGGAUGAUGCUGUUCGGCCUGAGGCGGAAGGAGAAGAGGAAGGAAGAGCUACUGUUAACCAGGAUACAAGAUUAGACAACAGAGUCAUUGAUCUUAGGACAUCAACUAGUCAGGCAGUCUUCCGUCUCCAGUCUGGCAUCUGCCAUCUCUUCCGAGAAACUUUAAUUAACAAAGGUUUUGUGGAAAUCCAAACUCCUAAAAUUAUUUCAGCUGCCAGUGAAGGAGGAGCCAAUGUUUUUACUGUGUCAUAUUUUAAAAAUAAUGCAUACCUGGCUCAGUCCCCACAGCUAUAUAAGCAAAUGUGCAUUUGUGCUGAUUUUGAGAAGGUUUUCUGUAUUGGACCAGUAUUCAGAGCAGAAGACUCUAAUACCCAUAGACAUCUAACUGAGUUUGUUGGUUUGGACAUUGAAAUGGCUUUUAAUUACCAUUACCACGAAGUUAUGGAAGAAAUUGCUGACACCAUGGUACAAAUAUUCAAAGGACUUCAAGAAAGGUUUCAGACUGAAAUUCAAACGGUGAAUAAACAGUUCCCAUGUGAGCCAUUCAAAUUUUUGGAGCCAACUCUAAGACUAGAAUAUUGUGAAGCAUUGGCUAUGCUUAGGGAAGCUGGAGUCGAAAUGGGAGAUGAAGACGAUCUGAGCACACCAAAUGAAAAGCUGUUGGGUCAUUUGGUAAAGGAAAAGUAUGAUACAGAUUUUUAUAUUCUUGAUAAAUAUCCAUUGGCUGUAAGACCUUUCUAUACCAUGCCUGACCCAAGAAAUCCCAAACAGUCCAACUCUUACGAUAUGUUCAUGAGAGGAGAAGAAAUAUUGUCAGGAGCUCAAAGAAUACAUGAUCCUCAGCUGCUAACAGAGAGAGCUUUACAUCAUGGAAUUGAUUUGGAGAAAAUUAAGGCUUACAUUGAUUCUUUCCGCUUUGGAGCCCCUCCUCAUGCUGGUGGAGGCAUUGGAUUAGAACGAGUUACUAUGCUGUUUCUGGGAUUGCAUAAUGUUCGUCAGACCUCCAUGUUCCCUCGUGAUCCCAAACGACUCACUCCUUAAAUUCACACUUUGCCACUUAACUCCAGUGUGGAUGACAGAGCAAGACCCAGCCUCAAAAAAAAAAAAAAAAAAGCCACACUUACACUUUUCAGUAACUUGCUAGUGCACAGGCUGUACUUUAGGUACUUAAAAUAUGCACUAGAAUAAAUUUGCAAGGCCCUAAAGUAUCACUGUUAUUUUUGGAGUAAUUCAGUAUAGAUUCGUUUAAAAAAGAUUUUUAUAACUUCAGACAUGCAUCAGUAGGAAAUACUUGAGAAAUUCAUAUGGUUAUGUUAAAAAUUCAUAUUCUGUUACUACAGUAAACGUUAAGAGUUUUAAACAGUUAAGAUUGUACAAUUUUUUUUCUUUUCUAUAUUACAAGGGCCCCAGUGUUGAUGUCUUAGAUUUUCAGUAUUUGAACUUAUUUUUUUAAAUUCUGACAUUGGGAUAAGAAUAAUUCAGGUAGCAUCUGAAAUUUUAAUGAAUGUAUAAUUGGCAUAUCUUGGAAAAUUAACCAGAAAGUAUCACUUCUUAAAAGUUAUGCCUAGAAAUUAGGUAAAGCUAAACUACUGGUUAGAAAGUAUUCAGUGUAAUAUUGUAUUAAUUUGUUAAAUUCUAAACUUGAAUUUCAAUAAAAUUUUAAAGCUAA